UCACUCUGAAAUUUCAUCAAUAUUUUCAUGUGAGAGGCAUUGGAGGAUCAAGUUCCCUUUCUGCACCUUGUGCAUACCCCUUCCUUCCACAAUCAUUCGGUGAGCUCAGAGUUAGGGUGCUGACUGAAUUUGCUUGCUUGGUUGAGUUUUCACAGAGGAAGAAUAUGGCAAGUGCUGCUCGCGCUGGUGAAGGAACUUCUGCUGCUGUUGGUGGGGCUGGAUCUGGGUCAUGGUGGGAUGACUAUUCUGAAACAAAGUUCAAACAAACAUUCAGGAUGAGGAGGUCCACUUUCAAUCUGAUAUGUGACAUGCUGAAAUCAGAACUCAAGGACCCUGAGAAGAAAGUUGCAAUUUGUCUUUUGAGGGUUGCAACACGGGAGAAUUUUGCUAACCUGGCCGUGAAGUUUGGUUCGUCACCAGAAAGUUGCCGCAAACGUUGUGUAGCUGUUUGUGAUGCCAUAUGGAAGGUGAUGCUACCAAUGUAUCUGAGUUGGCCUGACAUUGUUGACUUGACCAAGAAUACGGCUGAUUUUCACCUUAUUUCUGGGAUUCCUCAUGUUGUCGGGUCGAUGCACACCAUUCAUGUUCCCCUGAACAUGAAUGCUCAUCGCUCUAAUCCUUCCACCUCCCUUGCUCCUGCUGAAGUUUUUCUCAACAGGCCAUCGUCCAAGAACAUAUUUACUGCACAUUCAACAUUACUUCAAGGUGUUGUUAAUCCCCAAGGGUUGUUUAUUGAUUUUGCAGCCGGUUCUCCUGGCUCAAUGUCUGAUGAUGACGUAUUGGUGCGGUCAAAGCUUUAUGAAAUGGUUAAUACAGGGAUUCGGGAUUUAAGAGGGAUGUGGAUCGUUGGGACUUCAGGAUGCCCUUUGUUGGAUUGGCUUUUGACGCCUUACCCUCGGCCCCGCACUUUACCUCAACAUACACUGAAUGACAAGAUCUUCAAGAUUCAGGAGGUUGCAAAAGAAGCAUUUUCAAGGCUAAAAGGGAGGUGGUCAAUCCUACAGCUUAUAGAUGUCAAACCCAAAGAGUUAUAUCUUACCCUUGGGGUUUGUUGUGUCUUACACAACAUUUGCGAGAUGAAUGGUGACGAAAUAGACCCUAGCCUGAAGUUCCAUCUAAUGGAUGAUGAAUUGUUGCCUCAGAUUGCAGAUUUGACAUCAAAAAGUGCAAAAAAGGCUAGGGAUAAAAUUGCUGAAUAUUUAGCAAGUUGUACUUGAUCUGAUAUUUUCACUAAGGCACUAUCUCCAACUUCUUUGAAGCUCUAAGGGACAAACACAAUGUGGUCAACAAGAUUACUCUUUUUCACCCACCUUGAGUUUGAGGGAACUAUUAGAAAAAUAGAGUUAGUUAGUUAGUUAUGGUGCCAGUUGGAUGUUACCUAUGUUAGUUGCUGAGUCAUUUGCUCUUUGUAACUGUUUAAUUGUUUUGUCGAACUGAUAGUUAGAAUUAGUUUCUGUAUUCAGCUUGUUGUGCAAGCUUCUCUCGCUCUCUCUCUCUCUCUAUAUAUAUAUAUUAAGUGAGCACCUCUUGUAUUCAGUUAGAAUAUCAGUAACAAAAUUCAAUUCAAUUUAUUUUCUCUCUAGUUUUUCUUUUUACAAAUAUGGAUGGGUAUGGUUGCUCUGAUUUUCAGAAUGUUAAAGAGGGACAUAAUAUUAAGGUUUCUGAUGGAGAGCAAGAAGGACCAAACAACUAUGACAGACCAGUAUUUGAGGGAUGCUUGGGGCACCCAGUUGAGGCAGGUAUGGUAAGUCCUUAAAUUGAGGCUCACAAAUUCCUGCACAAAAUUCCCAGUGAUGUACCAUUUUUUAGUGAUGGAUUGGAUCCUGAGCAGAGCAAAGGCAGCAAGAUAGCAAAGGCAGAGAGUAUGUUGAUAGCAGCAGAGACCCCAAUGUCUGCCAAGGUUGCCACUGCAGAGAUCAAAAUCAAGAGAGAAAGAUAGAAACAGAAGAUA